AUCAGUUUGCUGGCAUUUUAAGCAUUGGAGGACCGUUUUAGAUCUCUGGUUUUAGUUUGUUUACUUUGCAGGUUAAAAAUGUGAACUCUUGGCAAAAUAAUUGUAUAGAAAUUAUUUUAUCAACAUGUCGACAAAAAGGCUUAGAGAAAUAUUGGAACUUGCAAAAGGCAAAAAAGCUGCUGGAAGACGGUCGGCGGUACAAAAUUUAUUAUCAGUGUACAACAAUGCGAGUAUUUUGGCUGAAAUUACUCGUAAUAGCGCAAACAGUAUUCCAGGUACCGUCUCAUGGAAGGAAAUCCUCCACGGUGUGCACCAUAUAGUAACAAGUGAAGGAGAUAGAACUCCAGCAGUUCAUAAAAAGAAUGCUUCACAACUUUUCCUCCAAACUGUAAAACAUGCCAGUAACCUUUUGAACUCCUCUGAUUUAGUUUCAUUCGUUUUACAAGUGUUAAGUACUGAAGCAUUAAAUUUUUGUCAUUUCACGUAUAUGUCCGUUUUGAACGCUGACAUAAUUGCUGUUCCGGCCUAUCGAAAUAAUAUAUCUCGAGAACAAUGGCAAGAACUAUUGAUGAUUUGUAUCUGCUGUUAUCAAAACCAAAAUUCACCGGUUAAAAAGGAGAAUGUGCUAGAAGUAAUUCAAGGCAUCGUGCAGUAUGGAUGUUCCUUAUCACAUUUGAUUGUUCGAGCAAGAAAGUUAUUACCUUUCAUAGCUGAAGUCUUUGAGGAUAUGAAGUCUAAUGAUGCACUCAUUGAUUCUGCACUUAAGUUGGCAAAUACAGUUUGUCGUGAAAUAGCUACAGAGGGUCGCCUAAUGCUGUGUUCUUUCGGAGAGACUAUGAUACCGGCUUUAAUGAACUUGAAGAAAAGCUACGAUAAAUAUGACUUAUUGCUCAUUCUUGUUCAAGUCCAUCACCCCAAGGGAGCAGUCAUAGGCGACGAAAUUAGUUAUGCAGUUGAUGCAGCUGUUUGGAAAACUAUAUUACACAACAUGUGUAAUAUGAUUAUUCAGGAAAGCAAGUCUCAAGAUUUAUCCGAAAGCUUUAUUGAGCUUGGAUGUGAAGUUUUCAAACAGAUUGUAGAAGAUCCUCUUGCAUUAGAAAAAAUAACUAGUCAGGUUGAAAGUCAAUCUACAGAGAGUUCGAAAAGAAGACGCACUUCAAGCCAAAAUGGAAAGUUGAUUAACAUGAUCACAGGCUGUACUCUCGAGCGUGCUUGGCCCAUGCUUCAAAUUUUCGCAAGGCUUUUUAAGCAAUAUCCCACGACAUUGAAGGCAAAUGAAUUUACCUUGUUUUUAAAAACGCUCUCUUCAUUGCUCAUGCAGUGUAGUAGCUUUCCAAAGGUUUUGGAUAGUUUGUGUAAUUUAGGCAUUGCACUUGUAGACGUUGAAAAGAAUCUAGGUUCCCAAGAAUCUGAUGGUAAUAACAAAUUGUUCUGGAGCGAGAUCUUGGAUACAGUCACAAGUUACUUGAGCACAAAUGAGAACCAAGAAGCUGCUCAUCGCUUGCUGCGAUAUUUAAUAGAGAAUGAAAAGGUGAUGAAUUUAAGUUCUUUACUGAAAACAUAUGUUACGAAAACAAUAAGUUGGUCCCAUUCUAGUCUUCAAAGUUUGUUGGUGGUCUGCAGGUAUACUACUUUACCUGAAAGUCUCUCUGACCUCAACAUGAAUCUUAGCUCUGCUCAAAAUGUCGCGAGUCUGCUGGCAACUCAGCUUUUGCAAUGGGCUUCAAACAUUCCGUGGGAAAAACUGGUAACUCUAGAUUCAGUCGAGAAUAUAUCUGAAUUAUUGAUCAGAUUGACUUUAAAAUCGUGGAGCAAGGAUUUAAAAAAAAGCUUUAAAAAAUAUAUCGAACCUUUGAACCCCGAGCAGCUUUACUAUCCUAAUAAUCUUUCGGAGAUCGAAAAAUGUUACCUAGCCAUGGAAUAUAAAAUUGAUAUUUUUAGGAAAACUGGUCAAUCACACGCGGCACAAACUAUCAUAGAACAGUCGAAGCAAUUGUACAUGAAAGAUAAUUUACACGUUCUUUAUUCACUGCUAGAAGAGAUUUGUAAGCCGGCUGAUAAUGGCGAUGGCUUGAGAACCAUUAUUGUUAAGUGUGCUUUAUUAGCACGAAUAAUUUCAGACUUGAACGAAAUGAACCUUUUUCAGAAUGGUUUAGAAGAUUUUCCUUUAAUGCCUCUUUUUCAGAAAUUUCUGAAAAAUAUUUUCCAUAUUUUAUCUGAGAACGAUUUGGCUAAAUUCCGUCAUAAAGCCUUACUACAUGUAAUGAAAGUCUUAAGAAUACUUUUUCAAACAACGCCUAAUCGAUCAGUUAACAAGAUUAUUGUACACUGUACGCCUGUCGAAGCACUGCAGAAUAUACACGCCUUCUUACAAAGCAGAGAUGGGAGUGAUAUUAGAAGCAAAGCUCGGAUGUUACAAGCGACUUCUGACGUGGAUUUUAGUGGCAAAGAUAUAAAGAAGGAGCAAGCUAAUAAAAACGCCGAGAGGAUUAGCGUCGUAAAAACUUUAGCAUUAUAUUGUUGUACAGCAACUGAAGGUGUUAUGCUUGAGGUACAAGAAGAGCUUCUUUGCAGUUUGUUAAAUAGUGAUAGAUACGAUUUUAAGUCCUAUGACGAUACUGAAUUGGUUCUAAUGAUUUUAGAAAUUGUAAUUAAGAGCGAAAGCUCUAUGCACACAGAAUCUUCUAUCGUAGCUGUGAUGAAUUUAUUGAUCGAGUCAUUUCAGUAUUUGUACAAAGAUCAAACGUCAGCUCGGCGAAUGUUGUCCGUAAUUCCUAAAGUUUUAACAAUAGCUAUGAAACUUGAUCAGAAUGUAGACAAUCUAGUAAAAAUUAUCGUUUAUUUUCAUAAUCUACUAAAAGAAAAAAACGAAGAUAUUAAAAAAACUUACGGUCCAUCCAUGUACUUAGAAUUUCUUAAAUGUCUCGAAAAGUUAAUUUUGCUGGAUCCUUUGUUCAAAUUUUCAAAUCACAGCGAAUCUAUAGGGGAAAGAGUACCAAUUAUUGAAUACUUGCUGGAAUACGUCAACAGUCCGUUUUAUACAGUACGUUUAGAAACAGCUCGUUGUGUAUACAGCGCAUUUGCAUCACAUGAGAUUGAUCAUGGAUGGAAGAUAUCCUUCUUUGAUAAAUUAAAAAUAGUAUUAAUGGAUGCAUUCAUUACUAAUAGAAAAUUAGAUAAUAAUGAGAAGCCAGAUGAAAGGAUGACGAGGGUCACGAGCACUUUGUACGUCAUAUCUGCUGUCAUUUACGGAAGCGACUUGUUGAAAUGUCAGGCUCUAUUCACUCUUAUUUAUCUUGCAUCGCAGAAGGAAAUCAAAGCGAAAACUGUUCAGAAAGUUCUUUAUGUCGUAACAAAAGGGCAAGAGACAAUCGUGGAAAGUAAUUUGGAUUAUUUGCUGAUGCAAUGGUGGCACAAACAACAAUCUUUUGACAAAUUUCCAUGGGACUUGACUCCUUGUGCAAAUGAAGACAUUUUUUACGUAAAUUAUAUGCACGUCCUACUUCCAGUUUUGAUAAAAACUGGCAAUAUUUCACAAGCAGUAGGCCUCUGUAAUCAACAAGGACUAAACUUUGAACGAGAAUUUGAACGCAGUUUUCCAAAUGUCAUUGUCUGGUUAUUGCCUAAAGUUUCCAAAAAUUCAGACUCCGUUAAUGAUAAGGCGAAAGAUAUACUUCGGAAUCUUGAAACUAACCAAAAAGAAUUCCGUUCUGUACGAAGGUUUAUUGAUCUGGUUUACGAGACCUUGGACCAAAUAAUUGUCUUGCUUAUGAAAGAACUACACGAUGAGAAGCAUUUCGCAGAGAUGUUUAGCUUGAGUACCACAUUUCCGGAAUCAGGCUUCAUGCGACUUACGGCAAGUAACAUUUACGAUUGUUUAUUAUUUAUGGAAAUUAACUUUUUCGCCUCAGGGAAAUUAAUUCACUACCUGGCAGCUGAACGACGCGACGUUUUGCAAAAAGUGUUAUUAAAGUUAGCACGUAACAUCUAUGACAGUAGCGGAGAGCACAAACUGAAAGCUUUUCAUCAGUUCAUCUUCUUCUGUAACACGAUAUCAAAAGAAAUAAAACACUUUCUUUUUAGGGAAAUAUCUUCCUUUAUUAUCAGAGACAUUUCUUAUACUUUGCUCUGCCAAAUUGACGAAGAAGAUGAUCAGGUUGCUGAAGUAGCAUGCAAGUAUUCAUGCAUGUUCCUACAAUUGGUCUUACCAGAAAAAUCCGAAGUUGUCAAAGAAAUUUUUAUUCCCACCAUCAAGACUUUGACAAGACGUGUUUGCAAGGAUGAGAAAUCUUCCGCUCUUCAGGCACUUCGGUUUCUCAUAGCCGAUAAGAAAGAUUUAUUUAUUGAUGCUAUAUCAAGUUUAGAUUUCUUUCCAAACAAAGUCGUCUUUGACGAAUUGAUAAAAAUACAUAGCAGUCUCAGAUAUAGUACUCGAGAAUCUCGCAGCUUGGAAACUGAGGUCGAACACUUCUUGAACGUCAGUUCCGAUAAGAAUUUCAGUGGAUCAGAAAGCAUUGUUCGUUUGGGUGACCAAUUAUCUUCAAGACGAAAUGAAUUAAAGGAACACUACAAGAAGUUGGAAUCACUUCGCGGUUUUGCGGAAGAUUGCACUUCGAGUAAACUACAUCGAUUGAUAAGUCGACUUGCAAAACUUAUGAAAUCUUCUGACCCUGAAGUAUCCCAGGAGGCAGCGAAGUGUUUAGGUCUUUUAGGCCCAGGGAAUUUAGCUACCAUGAUUUUACUUCCAGAUCAAAUUCAACGCAGGGAGAACUCAAACAGAUUUGAAAUUUUAACGCACAGAGUAUUAAUACUUUUGUCUGAUUUGGUUAAUGAUAAAAAUAUUGAGUUGCGUGAAGCUAGUGCUGACGCCUUAUACGUCGUUCUGUCUUCAGUUUGGGGCCAGAACUUAAUGAAGAAAAACUACUUGGACGACUUCGAGUGUGCCAUGGAUAGUACGGAAAUGCGGCUUUCAAUCGAUCACAUUCUUCCAUUUUUAUCAAGAUCUAACAUAAAUACUCCAGCUGAGAUGGUACAUCUAGAAAUAUGUUCAGAUUUAAAAGACGAUGCCUGGAUUGAAAUUUCUAGUGGUUCGUACUCUGCCUGGAUAAUGAAAUUUUCUUGUAUAAUUGCAGACUGUUUUCGAAAUUUUUACAUAAAAAGAAUCGUUCCGAUUUUUAAUCUAUCUGUACAAUUUUGUGAGAAAAUGUUGCCAUGGAUGGUAAACGUAUUGUUUGGGGAUCCAAAAUUAGUCAAGGAGGUAUGCGUCUAUAUCAACCGAUUCUUUCAUUAUCAUUUUUCUCGUUUAAAUGCCGACUCUCUACCAGAUGCACGUAAUGAACGCAAAAAUCCAAGCUGCACUCACGAAUCGAUGCACUGUAUGUUAAAUGUCAUUAAUUUCGUAUGGAUACAGACUGAGAGCACUGUGCGUUUAAAUCUUGAUUAUUUAUUAAUCGCUCAAGGGGCUCAGUUUUGCUCUGCCUAUUUUACGUCUGUCCUAUAUGCAGAACUUUGGUGUGAUUCUUUUUUAAAUGGGAACCGUGAUAUAGGCUUUACGACUAUCAUUGACUAUAUCAUUGAUCGUGAUCCAGUUAAAGGAAAAAUAUUGCAGGAUAUUAUUCGAGAAGCAAAUGUCAAAAUCGGCGAUCCAGAUGCCAUUCAUGGAUGUGGAUCAAUGCAUUUACUGAAUCCAUCAUCCCGGAUUCAACAUUAUGUGGAUUUGAAACAAUGGGAUAAGGCAAUGCUGAUGCAAGAUAUUGAACUAUCUUGUGGGAUUGAUUCUACGAGAGAUAUGUUACAUGUCCUACAAAAUACUGGUCUUUAUUUCUUGUUGAAUCAUUUUAUGCCAAGUAUAAAUGAUGAAAGCAUGAACAACUGUAAUAAAGACUACAAAUUCGAGUGUGCCUGGCGCCUUGGCGAUUGGAGUUUAUUGGAUCCCAAGCAAACCACAUAUGGGUCGCAGCCUAAUUUCAAUUCUUUGAACUGCGAGAGGAAUCAAAGUUACUAUUCUUAUCAUUAUGAAGCCCUCAAGUGCCUUAAUGAUAAUGAUGAAGUUGGAGUCAAACGAGCACUUUACAGUGCUCGAAAUUGUGUGAUAAAAUAUCUUCGCAACAUCAGUUUAGAAAGCUGUAAAGCUAUGUAUCCUAUGUUAAGUCAACUACAGAUGUUGCGGGAAAUCGAAGAAUGGGCCUCAACAAAACCAUCUGAAUACGCAAACCGCCUUUUCGAUUGGCAUCAUCACAAUUAUAUAAAAAAUAACGAUUUCGAAUACGUAGAACCUUUGUUUUCGCAAAGAAUCGCAAUCUGUAAAAUGAAACAAUCUCUCGAGGGUGAUGCAUUUGUCAAGAGUGUUCUUCCUGAUAUUUAUUUAGAAUUGAUUCAGUAUGCAGAAGAGAGAGGACAUUUCAGGGUCGCUACUCGAGCAUUAGAUUCUCUAGCAAAAGAAAACAAUCUUUCUCAGGAAAUGAAAAAUAAAUUGUAUUAUCUGGAAGCACACUUAGACUGGAGUCAAAAUAAUCAACACAUCGGUCAGUUUCUCCUUAAUCUUUUAAUGAACGACAAUUCAGCUAGUCCGAGUUUACGAGCACAAGCCUUAUGUGUUUUUGGAAAUUGGGUAGGAAAAACGGAAUCGGGAAAUCCCCAAGUUAUUAUCAAAAAAUACUACCAGGAGUCGAUAAAAACAUUUUUAUCUAUCAAUGAACCUACGUCUGAGGAUUUGAAAAAUUUAUAUGAAACUCAGGCUGCUUUAGCUCGAUUUUCUGACAUGCAAUACAGACAAAUCACAGAUUUUAUAAAGUCGCCACUCUUCAAGACUAUACAAUCAUGUGCAGAAAUGUCUAAUGUUUCGCCAGAUGAUUAUUCUAAUAAUGCUGAACUGAGAAGAGCUAUAGGUAUUUACCAAAGACAGAGCAAAAAUGAUGUAGCAGAACUAGAGAAUUUCGAGAAGGAUAAGAAUACCUACCUUUUGCUAGCGUUAGAGUAUUAUUUGAGAACAUUGGAACAGAGCAAAGACCAUGACUUUUUGAUAUUUCGGGUGGUGUCUCUUUGGUUGGACAAUACGCAUCACGAACAUUUCAACAAAAUCCUAAAUAAAUAUCUUCCGAAAAUCGCAUCAUACAAGUUUGUCCCACUAAUUCCACAGUUAGCGCCGCAUAUGAAUCUAGCAAAUACACAGUUUUCAUCGAAAAUCAAUGAAAUCCUGAAAAAAUGCGCGCUGGAACAUCCACAUCAUACAUUACCUAUACUAUUGGCAUUGAAAAAUUUAAAUGGCGAUUCUGAGUUUUCUCCAUGUCAAGUAUCUUCAAGAGAUGAAUCUAAACCUAGAAUGAAAGCUGCAACAAAACUAAUUAAUCAACUAUUGCAAACGAAAAUCCGUCCGAUUGUAGAAGAAAUGACACAACUUUCACGUGCUCUGGUAAUGCUUGCAUAUUUGCAAGUACAAAAGAAACGACCAAACGAAAAGCAUGUAAUUCCUCUUAAUCAAGUGAUAUAUAAAAUAAAAAAUUUAAAUAAUACCAUUAUACCAACAAUGGCAUUAAGCGUUCGAACGAACGGAAAUUACGAUAAUAUUAUUGGCAUUCGUGAAUAUAAAAGCAAUUUCAUAACCGUUGGUGGUGUCAAUGCUCCGAAGAAAAUUGAAUGUGUUGGAACUGAUGGAAUCAUCAGACGACAAUUAGUUAAAGGACAAGAUGAUAUGAGACAAGACGCAGUGAUGCAGCAAGUCUUCACCGUCAUUAAUUCUUUACUGAGAGCAAAUAAAGAAACCAAGGAAAGAAAACUAAACAUUAGGACAUACAAGGUAGUUCCUUUGACACAGCGAUCGGGGGUUUUAGAAUGGUGUGAAAAUACAUUACCGAUAGCGAAUAUUCUUAUUGGUAUCGACCGGAAUUCAGGGAUUCAUAAGAAGUAUUAUCCAGAGAAUUAUACAGGAUUGCAGUGUAGAAAGAAAAUGGAAGCUGCGCUUAAAGAAUCAAAUGAAGUUAAGUUGAAAACAUUUCUGGAAUGUUGUGAGAAUAUGCAUCCUGCUUUCCAUCAUUUUUUCACUGAGAAAUAUUUGUCGCCUGAAGUAUGGUUCGAAAGAAGAUUGACUUACACUCGGAGUAUCGCAACAAAUUCGAUCGUAGGCUACGUUCUCAGCGUUGGAGAUCGACACCUACAAAAUAUACUAAUUGAUCAAACUACAGCAGAAGUGAUACACAUAGAUUUUGGCAUAGCUUUUGAACAAGGUAAACUCCUGUCUGUGCCGGAAACAGUUCCUUUCCGACUAACAAGAGAUAUUGAAGUACCAAUGGGAUUAUCGGGAGUGGAAGGUGUUAUGAGGCGUUGUUGCGAACAGACUUUGAAAUUACUGCAGGAACAAAGAGAAAUAAUUGUAACGUUACUUCAAGUUUUACUUUACGAUCCUCUCUUUACUUGGUCGAUAAGUUCCACUAAAGCACAUAGGCUUCAAAGCAGUACUCUCAGUGAAUCCUCGGAUGGUACUGACGGCUCGGUAGAAAUAAACAAAUUCGCUAACAGAGCUUUAUUGACGGUGCAACAAAAGUUACAAGGAAUAGAAGAAGGCGUAACUCUUAGUGUUGAAGGACAAGUUGAAAGGUUGAUUCAGCAGGCACGAGACCCUAGCAACUUAUGUCUCAUUUUCCAGGGAUGGCAAGCGUAUUUGUAAUUUCGUAAUUAUUCGUUCUUCAAACGCUGAAAAGAAACUAGACUUUUAGAAACGUUUUCCGAAAUUUCUUGCAGUAUGUAUUAUUUUUUUAUUGUGUGAAACGUGUUUUAAAAUAAAGGCUAUCCAACUUAUUUAUGAGAAAAACGUCGAUAUUCCUUAAAGGUUGACUAGUUACAAAAUCCAGAGUUUUGCGAUCCUUUUUUUAAUGAUUUCAUAGAAUGUAACAGAAUUCGGAGAAGCUUCGGAGACAUAUUUUUAUACAAAAGAGUAUUACAGUUUAUGAAAAUAUUCAUUGUUGACAAACACUAAUUUUAGCCUUAUGGUUUAUGUGUAAGAUAUAUAAUUGAUGUACCGUUAGGUAUAAGAGCAGUAGAAUAUUCCGCAGAUGUAACUUUUUGAUUGUACAUUUGUAUAUCCUGUGAUUAAAUCGUAUUUUCAAUACAGUCAUAAAUGAAGCUACUUGUUAGGAUAAAUAUGUUUCUUGAAAGUAAAAUAUAAGAGUAUUUUGGUAU